AUGUUUGGCCUUGAAUUUUUUCUGGUGUUAGGAGCCCUUUUGUUCUUUUUCACAUGCUAUCAAGUGAUUAAGAUAGGGCUGAAAAUUCUAGAGGAAAUUCAGGACAAGCUAUUAGAAGUAAAGCGGGAAGAAAGAGUAGGAACAAAGAGAAAAUAUGGUUCACAAAAUAAGUAUACAGGCCUUUCCAAGGGUCUUGAACCCGAGGAAAAGUUAAGGUUAGGUAGGAAUACCUGGAGAGAGAUUAGAAGAAAAAGAGGAAAAAGGGAGAAGAAAAAAGAUCGAUUAGCGGAGGUCUCUAGGAGAUACUCGUCACUAGAUGAGCUCAGGAAGCCAGCUCUUAGUAACUCUGAAGCAAGUGAAGAAUCCUCCUCUGAGGAAACAGACUGGGAGGAAGAAGCAGCCCAUUACCAGCCAGCUAAUUGGUCAAGAAAAAAGCCAAAAGCGGCUGGCGAAAGCCAGUUUGCUAAUUGGCCUCAGGGCAAUCGGCUACCAGGUGCACUCCCGCCCUAUGCGGAGUCCCCGCCCUGCGUAGUGCGUCAGCCCGUAGUGCGUCAGCAAUGCGCAGAGAGGCAGUGCGCAGAGAGGCAGUGCGCAGACUCAUUCAUUCCCCGAGAGGAACAAAGGAAAAUAGAACAGGCAUUUCCAGUCUUUGAAGGAGCCGAGGGUGGGCGUGUCCACGCUCCGGUAGAAUACGUACAGAUUAAGGAAAUUGCCGAGUCGGUUCGUAAAUACGGAACCAAUGCUAAUUUUACCUUGGUGCAGUUAGACAGGCUUGCUGGCAUGGCACUAACUCCUGCCGAUUGGCAGACGGUUGUAAAAGCCGCUCUCCCUAGUAUGGGCAAAUAUAUGGAAUGGAAAGCGCUUUGGCACGAAGCUGCACAGGCGCAGGCCCGAGCAAACGCAGCUGCUUUGACUCCAGAGCAGAGAGAUUGGACUUUUGACUUGUUAACGGGUCAGGGAGCUUAUUCUGCUGAUCAGACAAACUACCAUUGGGGAGCUUAUGCCCAGAUUUCUUCCACGGCUAUUAGGGCCUGGAAGGCGCUCUCUCGAGCAGGUGAAACCACUGGUCAGUUAACAAAAAUAAUCCAGGGACCUCAGGAAUCUUUCUCAGAUUUUGUGGCCAGAAUGACAGAGGCAGCAGAGCGUAUUUUUGGAGAGUCAGAGCAAGCUGCGCCUCUCAUAGAACAGCUAAUCUACGAGCAAGCCACAAAGGAGUGCCGAGCGGCCAUAGCCCCAAGAAAGAACAAAGGCUUACAAGACUGGCUCAGGGUCUGUCGAGAGCUUGGGGGACCCCUCAGCAAUGCAGGUUUAGCGGCUGCCAUCCUUCAAUCCCAAAACCGCUCCAUGGGCAGAAAUGAUCAGAGGACAUGUUUUAACUUCGGAAAGCCUGGGCAUUUUAAGAAAGAUUGCAGAGCUCCAGAUAAACAGGGAGGGACUCUCACUCUUUGCUCUAAGUGUGGCAAGGGUUAUCAUAGAGCUGACCAGUGUCGCUCUGUGAGGGAUAUAAAGGGCAGAAUUCUUCCCCCACCUGAUAGUCAAUCAACUGAUGUGCCAAAAAACGGGUCAUCGGGCCCUCGGUCCCAGGGCCCUCAAAGAUAUGGGAACCGGUUUGUCAGGACCCAGGAAGCAGUCAGAGAGGCGACCCAGGAAGACCCACAAGGGUGGACCUGCGUGCCGCCUCCGACUUCCUACUAA